UAGUAAGGUGUAGUUGAUUAAAGAGAUUUUCGGACUUGAAUAUCGUAAAAAAUGGUAUCAAUUUGCAGUCGACUUAUUUUUCUGAAUUUGCGACACUUCUCGUCAACUGCAGUACGAUAUGAUAGAAGCAGGUUCCCAGAUCCAUUGGAACUUGCUACUGGUCUCGAGAAGAAGGAGUUGCUUGCUAGACUUGCUGGAAAUGAUGAUCCUUACAUGUGUCGUCCAAUAGCUAAACGAGAAUCCAGUCGAGAAAAUCCAAUCAUCGUUGAAAGUGCCUUCGACAGUCGAUUAGUCGGGUGCAUAUGUCAUGAAGAUCAAACUUAUAUUUGUUAUUUCCACGUCCUCGAAGGAGAGCCAUCGCGCUGUGAAUGUGGUUUUUGGUUUAAGUUGUGUAGAAAAACUCCCAUUACAGGUUGACAUUGAUUAUAUUGAUCAAUUGUUUAAAAAAUUCCUGAAUUAAAUUUAUAGUGAUUUAAAA